CGUUUUGUUCCAUCUACAGGUUUUCUUUUUUAUUUUUUCUUUUUGCUGGUUUAUUGUUCCAUUCCAUGAAUGUCUAUGGAUUCUCUUCUUCUUCUACUUCUCCUUUUUCGUGUGCAUCAAAGGCGACACAUUGCCCUUACGUAAUACUCAUAGUCAGUGAGCCAUCGCACACGUACAUCUCGUCAUCACCAACUCAUCAUCAUCAGUCUCUCCUCAGUUCAUAAACCAAAAAUAAUUCGAGUUUAUUUGAUUCGUUUUCUAUAUAUUGAUCUUGAUUUGAUUUUAAAAGGGCAUUUGGGGAUGGCCCAUUUUCGUCUCGUUCUUGAUGAGACGUCAAUGGGUUCCUCUCUGCAGAUCUUCUUCCUCCUCUGUCUCCUUGGCUCUCUCUCCCUCUGCUAUGGUUAUGAUCCAUUGGAUCCCAAUGGGAACGUAACGAUCAAAUGGGACAUAAUGCAAUCAAAUGGCGAUACAUAUGAUGUUAGGGUGUCGGUAUUCAAUUUCCAGUUGUUCCGGCACGUUGAGAAGCCAGGGUGGCGGCUGAGUUGGGACUGGGUCAAUGACGAGGUGAUAUGGAACAUGUGGGGUGCUCAGGCGACCCAACAGGGCAACUGCUCCCGGUUCAAGGGCCAGCGCCCGCACUCGUGCGAGAAAAGCCCCGUGAUAGUCGACCUGCUGCCGGGAACGCCCUACAACACCCAGGUCGCCAAUUGCUGCAAGGGUGGCGUGCUAUCGUCGUUCAACCAGGACCCCUCCAAGCACGGCUCAAUGUUCCAAAUGAACGUGGGGGGCGCCACCAACAGCACCAGCUUCACUAUAGCAGAGAAUUUCACUCUGGGGCUCGACGGGUACACCUGCGGAAAUGCACAAUCGGUGCCGGCCAGCCAGUUCACUGCCGACGGAGGCCGAAGGUGGACCCAAGCCAUUAGUACAUGGAACGUAACAUGUAUAUAUUCUCAGUUUAGAGCAUCUCCAAAUCCUAAGUGCUGUGUCUCCCUCUCUGCGUUCUACAACAACACUAUCGUCCCCUGCCCCAAGUGCAGCUGCCGUUGUCAAGGAUUGAGCGGCGCCGAGUGCCUAAGACCUGGUGAGGUGCUGCAGAUGCCUCAUGACCCCACGGACCACCCGCCGGCCCUGGUGAGGUGCACGAACCACAUGUGCCCGAUCAGGGUCCACUGGCAUGUGAAGCAGAGCUACCAGGCCUACUGGAGGGUGAAAAUCACUAUCACGAACUUCAAUGUGAUUCGGAACUACUCGGAGUGGAACCUGGUGGUUCAGCACCCAAAUCUCCGGAGCCUGACUGAGGUCUACAGCUUCACUUACCAGCCUCUCUAUGUCCAUGGCUAUGUCAAUAAUACGGGGAUGUUCUGGGGAAUAAAGUCCUUUAAUGACCUGUUGCUCCAGUCGGGAGAAAGUGGGAACGUGCAGACGGAAAUGUUACUGAGGAAAGAACCUUCCGACUUCACCUUCAGGGAAGGAUGGGCCUUCCCGCGAAAGAUAUCCUUCAACGGCGAUGACUGCGUAAUGCCACAGCCCGACGACUACCCUCGCCUCCCUAAUGCCGCCAUGGCCCACGACCACCGCAUUCUCAACCUGCCCCUGUCUAUAAUUAUCACUCUUCUACCUCUCAUCAAUCAUUUCUUAGAACUAUUUUUAAGAUGACUUUUGGGAACUUGCAAUUGGAGUUUGGGUUGGAUUGUUUCUCGAAUUAGAUCUUAGCUGGUGGAAAAAUGUAAUUUAGACGGGAAUUGGAAUUUUAUAAAGCAAAUACAAGGAACAUAAAUAGGCCAUUAUUUUUCACCUGGGUUA